AGCCUAGAUGUUGACAUGUAACAGAGCUGGCAGCAGGAUGGUGGUAGAUGCAGCCAAUUCCAAUGGGCCGUUCCAGCCCGUGGCCCUUUUGCAUAUUAGAGAUGUUCCUCCUGCUGAUCAAGAAAAGCUUUUUAUCCAGAAGUUGCGACAAUGUUGUGUUCUUUUUGACUUUGUUUCUGAUCCGCUAAGUGACCUAAAGUGGAAGGAAGUAAAACGAGCAGCUUUAAGUGAAAUGGUAGAAUAUAUCACACACAAUCGCAAUGUGAUUACAGAACCUAUAUACCCAGAAGUAGUACAUAUGUUUGCAGUUAAUAUGUUUCGAACAUUGCCACCAUCUUCCAAUCCAACGGGAGCAGAGUUUGAUCCAGAGGAAGAUGAACCAACUUUAGAAGCCGCGUGGCCUCAUCUACAGCUUGUUUAUGAAUUUUUCUUAAGAUUUUUAGAAUCUCCGGAUUUCCAACCUAAUAUAGCUAAGAAAUAUAUUGAUCAGAAGUUUGUAUUACAGCUUUUAGAGCUCUUUGACAGUGAAGAUCCUCGUGAAAGAGAUUUUCUUAAAACUACUCUUCACAGAAUAUAUGGGAAAUUCUUAGGCCUAAGAGCUUACAUCCGGAAACAAAUUAAUAAUAUAUUUUAUAGGUUUAUUUAUGAAACAGAACAUCACAAUGGCAUAGCAGAAUUACUGGAAAUACUCGGAAGCAUAAUUAAUGGGUUUGCCUUACCAUUAAAAGAAGAGCACAAAAUAUUUCUAUUGAAGGUUUUGUUACCAUUGCACAAAGUGAAAUCACUCAGUGUCUACCAUCCACAGCUGGCGUACUGUGUAGUUCAAUUCUUAGAAAAGGACAGCACACUUACAGAACCGGUUGUAAUGGCACUGCUAAAAUACUGGCCAAAGACUCACAGUCCAAAAGAAGUCAUGUUUCUAAAUGAACUAGAAGAAAUUUUAGAUGUUAUUGAACCAUCUGAAUUUGUAAAAGUCAUGGAGCCUCUCUUCAGACAGCUAGCCAAAUGUGUGUCUAGUCCGCACUUUCAGGUGGCAGAGCGAGCGUUAUACUACUGGAAUAAUGAGUAUAUUAUGAGUUUAAUUAGUGAUAAUGCAGCAAAGAUUUUACCCAUCAUGUUUCCAUCCUUGUACCGGAAUUCAAAGACACAUUGGAACAAGACAAUACAUGGCUUGAUAUACAAUGCUCUGAAACUCUUCAUGGAGAUGAACCAAAAACUGUUCGAUGACUGCACACAGCAAUUUAAAGCAGAAAAACUGAAAGAGAAGCUAAAAUUGAAGGAACGAGAAGAAGCAUGGGUUAAAAUAGAAAAUCUAGCCAAAUCAAAUCCCCAGUACCCAACGUAUAGUGACACGAAUUUGCUGAACAGUCCUGUUGCAAUGGAAACAGAUGGGCCUUUAAUUGAAGAUUUGCAGACGCUGAAAAAGACAGUGAAAGAAGAGGCUUGUCAGGCACAGAAAGAUCAGAAAAAAGAUCGUCCUCUUGUGCGACGCAAGUCAGAACUGCCUCAGGAUAUCUAUACCAUGAAAGCCUUGGAAUCCCAUUGCAGAGCUGAUGAAUUAAUAUCACAUGAUGGGCAUUAGACUCUUACAGUGAAAUGUUAUUUUGGAGGAAAUUUUUUUUUUCUGGACUCAGUUCUACAGUAGAACUUAACUUUUUUUGUGCCAUACCAAUCAGUUACACACAGUCAAAGCUUUCUUCAACCCAGUUCUGUAGGCAAUAACUUAAUGGAAUACACAGCUCAAGAUCAGUAGUUCAAACAAUGGUAAAAUACCCAGUUCCAUAUGCAGAACAUUGGGUUGACUAUAGUCAAAUGAAUACAUUUUCCUGGAGGUGUUAUCAUAGUACCAGCUAGUGAUAACAUAUGUAGUUUUUAUAGUCAUAUUUGAGAAGAGCAUUCUAUAAACUAUUUCCAUCUAAAUAAAUCCUUUGAGUGAACAAUAGUUGGUACUAAUAAGUGUGUGUUUUCAAAAGCAAAAAUAUUUCAAACUUAAGUGUAAAACUUUUUCUAGGAUUUCUCAAUUUUACAGUUGUUUCCACAUUAUUGCUGUCUUGUAAUAUACCAGCAGUUUUGAAAAUACACAAUUAUUCUUUCAUAUUAUAAAACGUGGCUUACAAACUGGUAACUUUCAUGACAAUCCUUGAUCAUGAUUCCUUUCUAAGAGUUCUGUAAAUUGAUUUCUCCUCUACUUAGGAUAAAGAUAUAUAUCUAUAUAUACCAUAUCCUAAUAUUUUACGUAUAUUUAAAGCCAUAUUUUCCAGUCUUCAGUGUAUAAUACAGCACACACCAGUAUUCCAGAUAUGAACUGGUAGAAUAAUUUUUCCUAAAAUGAAAACCUGUUUACCGUGACUGGGAAUAGUCUGAAUAUGAGAUUUCAGUUUAAGUUUUUUUCAAGUUGAUAAAAUACUCUUUCACUGUUUUCUCCCUUAUCUGAGCUUUUAAUACUCAGCAUUUUUUCUCGGGCUCUAGGAGUUCAGCGUUCUAUGGCAGAUAUUGUGUGUCAUUUAAGUUGCAUCAGUUUUUAUCUGAAAGAUGAACAUGGCCUGUCAGGAAACACAACACCAUAAGCUUAUAUAGUAAAGUAAAAUCAGUAAAACAACAGACCCUUGAGUUCCAUUCUGCCUCUUCUUAAACAAGUCUAAGAGCUGAGAAGAUAGUGACCCUAAUUUUACCGUGAAAAUAUUUUUUGCCGUUGUUGUAAAGAGCACAUGUGCUGCAAAAACACCUCACAAGUGAAUUGAAAAUGCAUCUGAGUUGCUGAUGAUCUUCAAAUGCUGCUAUAUAUUCCACAAGAAUACUUGCAUGUAAAGAGCUUUUUGUUGUAGAUGGAAAAGCACGGGAGGAAAAUCUCUUUUUAAAAUAUAGUGCUUUGUCUUCAAUAUUUGAUUUCUCUCAGGGUGGCCAGUAUUUUAACUUACUUAUCCUGCUUACGAGCUGUUUGGAAUGUGUUCUGCUAUUCUAAAUGGGUGAUUAGUUUCCUUCGUCUCUGGCAGUAACAUUGAUAGAACUUAAUGUUUAAUGUCUUGAUGCAUAAAGAGAUAAAAAUGUGGCUUCUUUAAAAAUAGUUUUGUUUUAUUUUUUAAGGAAGUAUAAUGUCUCCCGCAUCCAUAAAAAUAUUGCGCAAAGCAGACAUUCAUAGUAACCUUGUGCAUAUGUAGUGCCUGCUGUUUGUUGGUUGCAUUUAACAUACAAUUUCCAAUAUUUAUUGCAUUGUCUAUUGGAAGAAAAUAGUGGGUGGUAAAUAUUGGCUUACAACAACUAAAUUUAAAACCAACCCAAGCUUCAAGUGGAACGUCCACUGUGUCUGAAAACAUUUCCUGUUAAACUUGAAAAAUACUCUUCACCAUUAUGAUUAACCAUAUUAAAACAGUUUAAAGAUGCCUUCUCCUUUUGAGGGAAAAAGGGUGCUUUUUUAAUUGUAUAAAGCAAUGUCUAUGUAUUUUGAUAUACCAUUGUUUGAACUUCCAUCUUUAGCUGGUAGAUUAUCAGAUACCUUUGAUUUUGGGUGUUCAGUAUGUUUGUGCAAGAGGUUGCUGGAAGGAAUUAUUCUUACUUUACCAAGGAGAAAACCUGUAUAUCAAUGUUUGGUUGAUUUUGUGAUGCUCAACGUAUAAGAACAUCUUUCACUGUCUAGAUUUUGUUUCUGUUCUUUAUUGAAGACAAACAUUCACCAAAAAGGGAAAUAUUUUGGUAUUUUAGAGGCUUAAAGCUCUCCACAAAUUCAUAUUUGAGGUUUUGGACCACAGAAAUUUGCUUAGGCAGUGUUCCAAAAUUUAUCACCACUAAUGGUUUGGUAUGUUUAUUGCCACCAUUUAUAUACUUCUUACAGUCGUGUACUAAACCCUUCUAGAACGAAUACAUCCAAAAUAAAAAGAAAAAUGAAAGCAGAAUUUUGGUGACUGUUGUUCUUCAUAAAGUUCUGUGUUUGACACCUUCCCCUUGUUUUCCAAAAUUACACCUGUACAUCAGGAAUGUCAAAAGUAAUAUUACAAGUGUCUUUCUAGUGUGGCUUUAGUAUGGCUUCAUUUUAAUAUUGUACAUACAUUGUACCUUGUUUUAUGGUAAUAAGUAAUAAAAAUGUAGACUUCAUAUUUUGUACAGAAUCGUCCUAUGUACAGAAUAAAAAGUUCCUAGAAACAGCAAA